AUGAAAGCUUCUGCACCUUCUUCUUCUGUCACUUGUUCUUCUACUUCUUCUCCUCUUUUGGCUGCUUUUUCCACCACCACCAAAACCAAAUGUUGUCAUACAACAAAACUCAUCUUUCAUAGCUCCACCAAGUUCCCUUCUCACACUACCAACAAUAAUGCCGCCUCCUUAGUACUCCAACUUCGUCCUACCCACAAAUUCCUCACUCGGGUUAUCAAUGACUCAAAUCAAAGCGAGUUGGUGGCUACGGAUGAAGUCGCGGCUGAAAAAUCCGAGGGAGAUAGGAUUGUGGAUGGGAUGGAUUUCGGGGAGCUCUGCAACGAAUUCGAAUGUAUCAGCAGCCCCUUAGUCGAGGCCACUGCUCGGCAACUCGUGCGCGACAUUCUUGAGCUUCGUCAAGGCAAUCGCGCCCUAGGAACUUUUGCUACUUCCGUUAAAUAUAAGGAUCCAGUUAGAAGUUUUAUUGGUCGUGACAAGUACAAGAGACCAAUAUGGGCUACUCAAGCCCUAGACAAUCCCAAAGUGAGUGUGCAGGAGAUGGUGAUGUUGUCAACGAGUUUGCUGAGCAUUAAAUGGACGUUAACAGGGAAGCCGAAAUCCCUAGUUGGCGGUGGAGACUUGAUUGUUAAGAUACAUUCCAAAUUCACCCUCAACCAAAUCAGUGGCCAAGUGAUUGAGCAUGAAGAAUUGUGGGAUUUGUCAGCAUCUUCAUUUCUUGCACAAGCAUAUUUCUGGGCAUCCCGGCGUCUCUUCGCCGCGUCUGAGGCCGGGAAAGAUGCUGCAGAUUCUGUCAAGGACUUAAACGAACGAUUCACCACAGAUAACAAGAAUGUGGAGAUGUAUCCAGAUCCAACUGGUGAUCCGACAAAGUUCUUCCAAAGGGAUGAUGGCUUCCAAAGGGAUGCAUACCAAAUUGCCCUGGCUCUUGCGGUUCUAUAUUUCGUGGUACAGUAUUUGAAAUUAACCUUGUGA